CCGGGACCGAAAAUUUGGGAGGUAUUCAGAUGCACUAGCGUCCACCAUACUUGCUGUGCCAUUCAUCAUAAGGAAUCAGGUGCGAGCAUGCUUAUUGUCAUUGUCAUGCAGCUAUUUGAGCGGGAAGCUUUGGAUUUAUUCCUCACUUCGGUCAUAAAGGAAUUACUAUAGCAGUCCGAGGAUUGGCACCUCGGACUUGUCCUUACACUAUUCCCCCCUCGAAGUCAUUCACUUGUGAAUGAUGUUAUUGGGGAUAUUGAGGGGAGUGCAUACACAACGAGAAUAAGGGUAGGUUAUGGAAGUAAAAAGAAGAAAUAAAGUCUGUAACUUAAAUAUAAACAUAGCCGCAGCUAAUAAUGAAAUAUGUAACAGUGGAUUACACUGGGGGUGUCUUAAAUAGAAUAUAACCGGAGCAAUCAUGGCUGUGGCCGUAGUAAAAAUAAUGACCGGAGUUAACGUGAUCAUAGUCAUAGUAAAAGGUGAUGAUCGGAGUCAUAGUGGCCAGGGUGAAAGAGGUUUACUUGCAUUUCUUUUCCUGCAAAACUUUUGCGAGAAGCUUUACUGUGCGUUUCCUGUGCGUGAACUGCAGUUUCAACUGGGGAUCUCUACAUCAAGUCUUUCGAAACCGAAACCAAAAUCAGAGUUUGAGAAAAUGUCGUCAGAAGGAACACAAAGUAUAGUAGGGAGUGAGGUGAUGCCUCUGGACUAUGGGAGCAUGGACAUAGAGAGUGGUCCAUCUCCAUCUAGUUCAGAGAAGACGGUGGAGGGGGUGAGAGGGGAUGAGGUGGUGGAAGUUGGGGGGAACGAGGUAGUAGGGGUUGAGGGAGAUAACAUACCCAUCACGGUAGUAGAAGUAGAGGGUAGAGGGGAGAGGGAUUAUGAUGAGAAUGCAGAGAUAGUGGAAGAGGUGAAGCAGUACCGAUCUGAACUAAGGACCAGGGAUAGCCUGGGUCACUUAGUAGAAACGUACGAUAUCUCUUCCCGAAUGUUAGUUAGGCCAGCAGGGGUAGAGGAGAGGGCGUGCUCUGCUCCUCGGGAUCAUUGGAUGCCCGUAUACUCCCAUUAUUUGUAUGCUGGGCUUAAGUUUCCAAUUCCGGAGUUGCUAGUGGGUUUACUGUUAGAUUACAACAUAGGGUUGACACAGUUGGUCCCCAACACAAUGAGGGGAGGGAGUAGGAGGGAUAAGGGGUGGUAUUAUUUCACCCCUAGGGUAGCUAAGAAGGAGAGGAAGGGGGAUGCCGAGGUGAGGGCGUUAGCCUCCUGGAAGGCCAAAAGGGCCAACCAGAAUAGGUUUAGCUUAAAUGAAGAUGAGGAGGAAGAAGUGAGGAAGUUGGUGAGGAAGAGGGGGGAUGUGUUGAACAUCAUGGACCUCACCAGCGCAGCAUGCAUAGAAGCUGCUGAGCUCUAUGGGCCAAGCGCUCUGAGUGAAGCUGAAAUGGACCAGUUUCUGAACACUGCUGGAGGAGCAGCCAUCCCUAAGAAGCCAAGGAAGAAGUCAAAGGCUUCAGCCAAACAAGUGGAUGAGGGGAGGGCUGGGAAGGAGGUAGUGCCCUUGGCUUCAGCUGAGACGGAGGAGGAGGUGCCACUGCUGAAGAGGAAGGGUUGGGAGGAAAGGAGGGCACUACAGAAGAAGCAGAAGGUGGUGGAGGAGGUGAGGGGGAAUGAGGUUCCUGAGUUCGUACCUCAGCCUCCUCAUGUUGAGUUGAACCCUAAGCUCAGACAGUUAGAGGAGGGGGCUGAGGUGCGGGCUAUUGGUAAGGGAAAGGGCCCUGUUCCCCCGGUGGUGCCUCAGAGCAGCUUGUUCGAGGCGAAGAACAUGACGGGGGCUAGGUGGUUCAUCAACAGCACCUUCCCCGAAGUGGACAAACGCAACGCGCGGGAGGAGGCUCUGAGGUACUGGGGAGCAUCCGUUGUGAAGCACGUUCUUGAGAGCGCGAGCUGGGUGAAUGGUCUAGCCCAGGAGUUCAUGGAGAGCCUGAGGGAGCGCUCACUCUUGCAGAGGCAGUAUGACCAGCUGUAGAAGGAGAAGGAGGAGCUGGAGAAAAAGAAUAAAGAACUGCAAGAGUCGCUGGACGAGGUGGUUCCAACUGUGAAGCAGUUGGAGCAGGAGAGGUCUUCCCUAAGCACCAAGCUCGGCUUUGAAGAGAGCAAAUGAAAGAUCUCUGAAAGC